AUGUCGUUGAGUACGUCUCCCGUGCUCGCGGCCGCGGCCUCGAACGAUCUCGCCCAGGUGCGAUGGUUGCUCGAGCGGGAAAACGUGCCGGUUGAUUUCAUGGGCGACUGGUACGCCGAGCCGCGAAACGGCGGGAAAGGCUUGGAGCGACAGCGGCGAACGCCGUGCAUGGUGGCUGCCUCGCACGGGUCGCUGGAGGUUUUGUUGUAUGUGUUACAGAUGGGCGCUGACCCGAAUAUGCGGAGCGAGGACGAUGAGCGGUGCACGGCGAUGCACUGCGCAGCGGCGGGGGGGGCGGCGUUGAGCACCGACGCCAUCAAGACGCUGCUGUUGUUCGGGGCGGAUAGGAACGCGCGAGACACGUAUGGGCGCGUUCCCGCGGAUUGUCUCCCCGGAACGACGAGCGAGGCGAAUUUUAAUGGUUCAGACGCAGGUGGUUCGAGCUCGGGCGGGAGCGCGAGCACGGGAGGGAACGGGCGAGGGCACGGCGGUCCUGGUUCGGGCGCCGCGGUGAACUCGCAGGGGGUGGUUUUGCAAGAUCCGGACGACGACACGCUGAUGAGCGACGAAUUCAGAAUGUACGAAUUUAAGAUUCGAAGGUGCUCGCGGACGAGGGCGCACGAUUGGACGGAGUGUCCGUACACGCAUCCGGGCGAGAAGGCGCGCCGACGCGAUCCGAGGAGGUUCAACUACUGCGGCACGGCGUGUCCGGAAUUCCGCAAAGGCUCGUGCCCGCAAGGCGACGUCUGCGAAUACGCGCACGGCGUCUUCGAGUGCUGGCUGCACCCAUCGAGAUAUCGCACGCAAUUAUGCAAGGAUGGCGCGGCGUGCGAUCGUCGCGCGUGCUUCUUCGCGCACCACACGUCGCAGCUUCGAGUACCGACGGAUGCGUACGGGAACCCGACUGGCAACCUGUCGCCGAACACGCCGUCGCCCACAGGGAGUGGGUCGCCGCAGAAUGGCUCGCCGAGACAAUCGAGCGCAUCGCUCGAUUGGUCCAUGGCGCGCAAUAGCGAGAGCGAUAGCACGCAUAACAUGGCUGCGGCGAUGCUCAAGGGCAACGCGAUGAUGGGCGCCGGCGCCGGCGCGUUCGCCGCCAACGGCGCCGUUCCGGGCAUGUCGUUCCCACCACUUCCUCGUGUGGACUCCAUGUUGCUUCAGUCACAGUACGGACAACAACAGUCGCAGCAACAGCACGGACAAUCGCCGACGAUGCCGCAACAGCAGCUCCACCAGCAACAGAUGAUGGCCAACUACGUGUCGUCAAUGUCGGGGAUGUCGGGCGUCACCGGCGAUCUUCAGGGUGCGAUGCAGGGCGCAUUCCCGCUCGGUUACAGCUCGAUGAUGCAAGGAAAUGGAAUGUUCAAUCAAGCGGAUCCAUCUUUACAGGCGCAUCAGAUGUUACCGCAGCAGCAGACUUCCGCGGCGUACAUGGCGGGCGGAAACGUUGGUGGUGUGGGCGCGGGAUUAAAGUCGGUCCAAAGUCAGAGCAGUGGAAGCGGAGGAUCCACGAUCUCGGAACAACAAGGAUUGUACGCGGGCGCCAAACUAUUUACUUUACCACCGAACGGUGUGCGGCAGGCACACAUGCGUCGCAACUCUUCCUCGUUUCAGCACCUUGGUAUGAUCGAAGGCGUGUUGGACGGGACGGAUGGAGAGCUUCGCCAAUAAUCAAGCAAAUCAAUAAUUCAAAGAGCAAAGACGCGCGUCUUACAGCUCUAGCACGCAGAUUAAGUGUAUUCUAGCCAAAUUGCGUCGGUUUGAACGAAACAGUUCUCACCGAACAGGUUUAUCCUUGAAAUCGGCCGGCGGUCUCCGGUAAUUAUUAUUCCAAGCAGCCGGAUCAAGCCACUGAAGUAUUCUCAAUGUGAGCUGGGUACACCAUUUGUACUCUCGCACGACAACGGCCGACUUCAUGAUAAACCUCCUGUACUCUUUUAUCCGCAGGAUAUUCGCAUUUACAAUCACACAUACGCACCGCACCGCACAUAUUCUCUUCGUUAACAUUUCAUCUUCUUCACAUCCAUCAUGUAAUUGAUAUCGGAACGAAUUGAU